CGUCUUUUACGGACGAUAGUUUCUUUUUUUCUUCUCAUGCGUGCGGUUGUUACAGCGUCGUUUCUCGAAGGUGGAGAUGUUUAUGUUUGUGUUUGGGCCAAGCGGCGACAAUGCUUCCAUCGAACGGCUUCUUUAAUAAACUGCCGUGUCCUUUCUUCGCGUCGGGACUCUGCGAGCGGCCUCACUGCCACUUCAGCCAUGAGAAAAAGGGAAGUUCUCUGCUGGGUCUCAACUCUAGCCCCGUCCAGCCGACUGACCAGUCCAGUCAGCUGUUGCAGUAUGUCAACGACGCCCUGCGCCGGGUCAGGCAGGACAUGGCUCAAGUCUCAUCGCUUGGGUACGUGCCAACGCCUGUGGCGGCACGUCCACCGGAACCGAAGCCAAAGCGCUACAUCCCUGCUCAAAGCGUGCCCCAGUAUCGGCCCACGCCUCUGGCCGAGCUGCGUAGGCGUCGCCUCCUGACUGCCCGCCCACCAACCCAGCCGAACCAGAUUAGGAGUGCGGCUCCAGUGGCACCGGCCGAGCCAAUCAAGCAGUCCAAGUCCCCAGAACUGAGCAGUGACGAGAGCAGCCAGGUGAAUGGCAGCGGCCCAAAUGACGAUGACGAUGCGGACAUGGUGCAGGAGGAAGUGGAUGCCAUCGUUCGGCUCAAGGACAAGCGUCUCGGAGGACCGGACGACUCCUUGGCAAAGACUUCCUCCCAAGCCAAAGCCACAGACGCUGCCAAGGACAAAGACAAGGCAUUGAAGGCGACGGUUAAGGACGAGCCACCGGACAAGGAGAAGGAAAAGGCAAAAGAGGAGAAGUGUGAAGCAAGCAGGGUGAAAGAAGAAGACGGCAAUGUCACAAACGGCGACAUCACAGAACAAGCUCAAAAGGAGGACAGCCCGGAAGGGCACCACUCAGGAUCAUCAUCCACCAGCAAGGGGCAUUCGUCAUCCAAGCAUGAUUCAUCAACCAAGCACUCGUCCUCCAAGACUUCACACUCUAAGCAUUCGUCAUCUAAACACUCAUCGUCAAAGGACUCAUCGAAGGAACGGUCCUCCAAAGAGUCAUCAUCCAAAGAGCCAUCAUCCAAGGAAAAAUCAUCUACAAAAAGUUCAUCGAAAGAAUCAUCAAGCAAAAAGUCUUCAUCGAAGGGGAGUUCCAAGGAGUCUUCAUCCAGAGGAUCCAAGGAGUCGUCGUCCAAGCAUUCAUCUUCUAAGGAGUCUUCGGCUAAGAACUCCGCUAGCAAGGACUCCUCAUCCAAGGGUACCUCGCCUAAGGAAACCUCGUCCAAGGUGUCCUCCAAGGAAUCCCUGUCUGAAGAGGCUUCGUCGAGCGAUUCCCCAUCCAAGAAGUCUUGCAAAGAAUCACAACCGAAAAGUCCCUCCGAGGAGGAUUCCUCAUCUAAGGCAGCAUCGAAGCCACCUGCUAAAGAGUCGUCAGAGAAGCAUUCAUCGUCAAAACACUCCUCUUCGAAGCACUCGUCGAAACAUUCAUCUUCGAAGAGCUCGUCUUCACACCAUUCAUCGUCAAAGCACUCAUCCUCGAAACAGUCGUCCUCAAAACAUUCUUCACAUCACUCGUCCUCGAAGCAUUCGUCUUCUUCUUCACGUCACUCGUCCUCCAAUCACACAUCUUCGAAACACUCGUCGUCGUCCAAGCAUUCAUCGUCGAACCACUCAUCGAAGCGGCCUUCGUCCACAUCCACCAAGGACCACUCGCCAUCCAAAAAGAAGAAGGAAGGCGAUUCCAAGUCUAGUCACCACAGUUCGUCCAAGCGGUCGUCGAACCACAAGCAGGGCAGCAGCAGUGGCUCCUCGUCGCGGAAGAAGGAGUCCGGCACGAAAGAAUCCGACAAGCGAGAAGCGAAGUCCGCGUCCAGCGAGUCGGAGGCCUCUUCUUCGGACUCCUCGUCCUGCCGGGAAACGGGGUCCGACGGAGGGAAGGCUUCGAGAAACAAGGUGAAGGAGGAAGCGACCACGGAGGCACCCUCGUUUGAGCUGGAGUGGGAUCUGGAUUCGGAAGAGGAGGAAGAUCCGGUAGAGGAGUGCUUGCGCAUAUUCAACGAGGCUUCCGAGCCCAGCAGCACGCCUGUGACGGCAACUCAGGAGCGGCUGCACACCAAGCGGGCAGCGGAGCCGGCCCUGGAGCCUGCCGUCCCGGCCAAAAAGCGUGUCGCGCACAACCCGGACCUUGCUCGGCGCCCAUCAGCCCCGCAAGGCCUGUUGGCGCACGUGUCUGCUGCGCAAGCCAUGCACAACCGUUUCGCCCAGCUGCACCAACGUUUCCAGGCAGCAGGACAGGGCCGAGUGGCACCGGUGGCGAAUGCACCGCUGCUGGCGGCGGCGCGCCGCUCUGCCCUAGCCCAGCUACCCCAGGGAACGCGCACUGCAGCCCACGUGGUGGCCACCCAGCCCAAGGGACAACCACGGGUGGCCCACGUCCCAGCCUUGGUCCUGUCCAAGCGUCCCACCAUCCCGGCCGAGUACGGCAGCCGAGUUCCGACGGCUGUGCGUCAGCGCUACCUCAACCUUUUCCUGGACGAGUGUGCCAAGUGCUGCAGCACCGAAGACGAAGCCAUCCAGAAGGCGUUGUCCGAGGAGAAGCAGACCUACGACCGGAGCUCAGGCAAGACCGUCUACCUGAAUGUGGCCGUGAACACGCUCAAGCGGCUGCGCCGAGAGGCGGCCCAAGACGGGGGCGCGUCCUCUGCUGGCUCUGGCUCUUCCGGAUGUGGCACUGGCACCGCUGCUCCCGCGGCAGCGCCGGUCCAACCCACCAACAGAGUGGUCUCGCACGAGAUGGUGCUGCAGGGUGCUCGGGCAGCACGCACGAGCUUCAGCAUCGAGAAGAACCGCUACCGCAAGCCGCCUCCGGAACUGACGGAGAAACGUUUCUACGAGCUGUUGGAGGUGUACCGGAUGACCCCUGAGCAGCUUGUAGAGUACAACUACCCGCGACCACAUCCGGCGGAGCCAGGCCGUGCGGUGUUUGCCGGAACUGACGGGCGUCAGUACUCAAAAUCAAAUGGCACGGUAUUGCGGUGCAGCCGAUGCGGUGCCACUUUCUCGCUGACAGAAGACGGUGACUAUGUGCGCCCUGAAGAGUGUGUCCACCACUGGGGUCGCCUCUGGAAGAAGCGGAUUGCGGGAGCCCUGGAGAGUCGCUACAGCUGUUGUGAGGGUGACGGAGAGUCGGAUGGCUGCUGUGUGGCCAAGGGUCACGUGCACGAAGGCCCCGAGCCCAGUCAGCUGACAGGCUUCGUGUCAACGCUGGCCAAGAGUCCACCGCCUGGAGGAGGUUGCCCUGGAGUAUAUGCACUUGACUGUGAAAUGUGCUACACGUCGGAAGGAGUGGAGCUCACACGAGUCACGGUGGUUGGCUGGGACCUGAGGCCCGUGUACGAGACGCUCGUCAAGCCACGGGGACAGAUUCUGGACUACAACACGCGAUUCAGCGGCCUGUCGGAAGAGGACAUGGUGGGCGUGAAGACGAACCUGCGGGACGUCCAGGCCGCCCUGCUGGCUCGCUUUUCGGCCGACACCAUCCUCAUGGGGCACAGCCUCGACUCGGACUUGCGAGCCCUUCGAUUGAUUCACGGGACCGUCGUCGACACGGCUGCCGUGUUCCCCCAUCGCCGGGGACUCCCUUACAAACGGGCCCUGCGCACCCUCAUGGCCGAACACCUGAGCAAGAUCAUCCAGAACGGAGUGGACGGUCAUGACAGCCAGGAAGACGCAGCUGCCUGCAUGGAGCUGAUGCUGUGGAAAGUGCGUGACGACCUCAAGAAAGGUGUGCGAUGAUAGCUUGGACGUCUCCAGCAAUACCAAACAUGGCCGCCAGAAAGAAAGGCACCCUGGCCCGCUUUGCCCGGGCAGGGAAGAGAGGGAUCUGCCUUGUCCACUGGAGUUCCAGAAAGCCCGCACACUUGGCAGGGAUGGCUUUUCACGUGCCGCUCACAAAGAACAAAUUUAGGAGUGCCAGGAUAAUCGAAGCCCGUAGCGGCUUCGGAUUGCCCUGGAUUCAUUGUGAUCUGGGAACCUGCCUCAAGGUUCGCUAGCAGCUCUUACAGCCGAGCUUGAGGCACACCCCGAAGAGACCACGGGUAUUGGCUAUGUUUAAACAACGCUUCAGGUGUGUAACACUUAAGGUGGCUGCUCUUGCAUUAAAAACGCUGCACUGAUUGAGAAAUGAUACUGUUCGAACAAAUUCAUUAGUUUUUAGUGACAUGGGAGCUUGCCAGAAGGGUUUGCCAAAAAAAGAUUGUUCGUCGACACGCAUUUUGAUGUGAGGAAAAACUAAGCGCGAGUACUCUUCUAGCUUUGCCUGAGAUAUUUAAGAAAGCUGUCACACAAAGCCAAAAAAAUAAAGAUUCGCAGUGGCUUUAAAUUCGAUUCGUAUUUGUUAUGUAGAACUCAUGUUUGAAUGCCUUCCUUGCCGGGCUCUCAAAGGUCCCAAGUGUUCGGAUUUCAGUAAGGCACAGUCUCAGAUUGUUAUGAUAAAAAAAAAAGUUAUAUCUUCUACAGAAUUAGAGAUAUAUAAAAAAGGAAAGAGUGAGUUCCGUUUCAACCAUAUCGCGAGGGAAAGAAAUCACCCCAUCUCUCAUUUGCCAAGCACGGCUUCUUCACUUUGUGAGCAUGCGAAGUACUGCGGUGCGCACCUUCAUUAUACUUGGAUAUGCUCCCCGCUUCUCCUAGGUGGCGUGCAUUGCCAGUGCUGGUCGCCUAUGGAAUGCACGCCGCUGACCGCAGCACCCACGUCCCAUUGUUAGCACGGCUAGGGUCGUGCCCAUGACGGGGAGCUGUAACCUAUAUUUAUGUAUAUAUAUAUAGCCCAUACACUGUUGCCUGUUCUUGCGCUUGUUUCCCUUCUCCUUAAUGAGCAAUACAAGGUGAACCACAUCCAAUAAACGUGUUGUUUCGAAGUUA